CUCCUAUCCCUGCAGGAGGCGCUGUAAACACAUUCUGGGUGUCUCGGUUCAUGAGUUGAGUGUAGUAGAAUGGUCACCACACCAUUACUGCCACCUGCUGGGGUUACUGUCCACUGCUCUUGAUUGAUUAUGACGUCGUGUGUGUGUGUGUGACCUCCAGGCCCUGCAGCAGGAGAAGCACGUCCUUCAGAGGAAGCUGGACAUGAACGAGCUGUCCUCCAAUCAGAGGGAGACGGAGCUGACCUCCGACCUCACCGCUCUGAGAGCCGAGCUGGAACGCAGCCGCAGCCAAGGACGAGACCUGAGACGGAACGAGAGCGAGCAGCUGAGUCAACUGGCCAAUCACAACCAACGGCUGGUGGAGCAGCUGGCAGAGGCGGUGACGCUGGAACACACCCUGAGGACGGAGCUGCGGGGCCUCAGGGACGAGAUGGACGAGUCGUCCUUCAGCCGCAACAUCAGCUUCUCCCAGAUGGAGAACAUUCAGGCGGAGAACCGAGUUCUUGUGGAGCGGCUCUCCUUCAUGGAGGCGCAGCUGAAGGCGUCGCAGGACGACACGGAGCGAGUCCGUCUGGACAGAGAGGCCCAGAGGGAGAGAGUGUGUGAGCUGCAGCUGAGGCUGAAGGAGAGGGAGGCCGAGAUAGAGCAGGAGCAGGGAGUGGUGUUUGAGCUGCGGACCUUGAAUCGCUCUCUGCAGCAAAAAGCUCUGAGUUACGGAGAAGAGAGCGUCCUGGACUGCACUCAGUCACAACCUUUGUCUCUGCUCAGUGAAAUACAGCAGUCACAGGCUAAAGACGCUCUCCUGGCUCACUCUGCUGCGCUGCAGGCGAGAGACGAGGAGAUCCACACACUGAAGGAGGAGCUGCAGCGUCAGCGUGAGGAGCUGGAGAAACUAAAGGCAGAACUGAAGGACUUUUCAGGAGGUCCUGAAAAACCAAACUACAGUUGUUUAGAGAGUGAACUGGCCACCGUACGGCAGGAGAAAGACUCACUCACUCAGCAGCUGCUCAACACCAUUAAACACAAGGUGGCGCUGUCUCAGGAGCUGGAGGCCUGGCAGGAGGACAUGAGGCUGGUCAUCAACCAGCAGGUGCAGCAGAGGGAGGAGGAGCGCGGGAGGGAGAAAAACCAGGAGGCGCAGACGUCCGUCACUCUGCAGAGGAGCAAGUCUCUGAAAGUCAAAGGAGAAGGAGCCAAAAAGUUCUUCUCUUUUUUCCAGAAACAAAUGACAUGAGUGUCUCUGGUCACAUGGUCACAUGGUCACAUGUUUAUACGUCUGGACUCCUCUGUAUAUUUGAACCUGUAUAUGUGUGUGUGUGUGUUACGUCCGUGUCGAGCUGUUUUAGUUCCUGUGGACUUGUAUAUGAAGACUCUGUGAGUCACUGUGGAGUCAAGACGUUAAUCUACAGCUCUGCUUUGAUGUGGGGGGGGGGUGAGGGGGGGUUAAUUGGUUUUUAGACAGUGGACGAGUCGUGUUGUUGGACAGAUGAGUCUCUGGGCUUCACUGUAACAUUCAUGAAGAAGAACUGGAAGAUAACAGAAAUAACCUCUUUAUUAAAUGAACCCUUUAAGGUCCUCCUCCCCCAGGUUGAUU